CGGUCACAUUAAAACUCAGCUUGGCGCUUGAAACAAACGUCGACUUUUGUGUUCUGUGAAAAAUCAGUGAAGAAUCAAUUAAUAUGGCAUAUUUCGUGAGAAAUCGGAUGGAACGAAACUACUACUUCAAAGACAGGAUGGCAUACACCGAAGACCACAUCCGAGUUAGGAAACUGAUUUUGUGGGAUGUUCCAUGCAAGUUGAACAAGAUUAUGUUGAAUGCACAUUUUAGUGACUUUGGACGUGUGGGGCGAGUCCAUUUAUCAAGGAAAACCAAACAAUACACGUAUCGCACGGUCAAUGUGGUAUAUGACAAAGCCGGAUGUGCAGCCAGAGCCCUCCGCGAGAGUAAUCAUGAAAUAGAUGGGAUCGAGCUAUGGCCAUGGGCCGGCGACAGUUGGAAGCAGCCGGAUGCCUACGGGACCAAUCGGGAACUGCGCCUUCACCGGGGGCCAUCGCCCAUCUUGGACCUCAAUGACGACUGUUUGCAGCACAUUAUGGCACAUCUUGGACUGCAAGAUCAGGUGCGAUUCGCCAGGACCUGUCUGCGCUUCAGGGCGGUCUACCGCGAUGCAUCAGCCAGGCUGCACACUUCUGUGGAGUUGGGCCAGUUCAGGGACAUGACCGCAUGGGACAUUAGUGACUUUUUCAAACUGUCUGGGGCUCAUGUGCAGGUCCUUUAUGACAAACCAGAUUACGAAACAAGGCGAUACGUUCAUGCGGGUUGUUUGGCCGACUCCAUAGCGGACCAAUGCAUGAAUCUUCGGUCCCUACGCCUGUUUAACAAUCCCCAAUUGGAAUUCCAUUUGAAACUGACGCUUGCCAGGAUGCACCAGCUAGAGGAGCUGCAGCUUGAAAGUACAAAUGCAUUUGCUCCAUCGGUACCGCAAAAUCUAAAGCACCUUAAGAUACUGAAUUUAAGCUGCAAUUCAUUAACAGGCAACUCCUUGAGGAGAAAGCUACCCGUUUCCAUCGAGGUAUUGGGACUUAAUGAAUGCCGGAACUUUGAUGCCAAAUGGCUGCCCGGAAUAUGCAAGCGUUUAACCAAUCUAAAGGAGCUUAAUAUACAAAAUGUUAUUACAUCGAAUAAGGAAAUCUUUAAAGCGAUGGUAACGAAAAACUUGUGUCCUUCGCUGGAGACGCUCCGGAUGACGGCCUGCCGAAACAGCGGAUAUGAGUUUGUGGCUCAACUGCCUAAGCUGAAGCACCUCACCAUCUACACUCACCGCAACGAUCUGGACUUUCGUGCCAUUAUAAGUAAGGAGCUAAUUGAUCAGUUAGUGAUGCAUAAGGCAGACCAACUGGAGCAAUUUGAGGUUUUUGGCAGCUACCACUUAUCUCGGGAACAACUUAAACAAAUUGCCAAGCUUACUGCCCUUCGCGUACUCAUCCUUCGCGACAUAGAUCUGAGCAGCGAUGAGCUAGAGGAGUUUGCAAAUCUCAAGCAGUUGGAAAAGCUCUGCUUCGGUCUCCCAAGCGCCACAAACUCCAUAAUUCUGCAGGUGCUGAGUGCCUGUCCGAAGUUGAACUACCUGCGCCUACAGGCAAACGCUAAAACAGACGCUGAGCUGGUGCUUAGCAUCGUGAACCAAGUGCGACAGGAGAUAGCCAAUAAGGAUAUGCAGAGAGAGCUUCCCAUCGAACUGUGGUCAUCUAUGAAUGACGAGCAAAUUAAGGAGCUGAUUCUGACAAGUUCUGAAGUUGUGCCUGAGGACAUUAUUCGAAUAAAAUCCAGCGAGGGAGAGUGUGGCCGCCUUAGCAUGGACUAUAAGUGGACUUUAACAGGAUUGAAAAAUGAAUUCCAUAUGGAGAUGGCCAUUGACCGCGACUCGCCAAGCGAAGAUGAUUCUGAUUCCGAUUUGGGCAUAGACUCUUCCAGCGAAGAUGAUAACGAGGAGCGGUGAUUAUUAGAUAACGUGCUGAUUGGUUCAGACGGUCCUGGUGUAAUUUUACUACUUUUACGAAAAUAAACGCAAAGUGUUGUUAAAAUUAAA